AUGGCCGAAGCAGCAGCCAGAAUCCUAGAAGCCCUCCCUGCAGUUUGCGAAUAUCGCUGGUCCUGCAAGGACGCCUCCAAGCGCUUCACAGUGGUGAACCCUGCGACAGGAGAGCCCAUCACUGUCGUUCAGGCCGGAAAUCUCGACACGGUGCAAGGGGCCAUCCAGGCGUCGCACAGGGCGUUCGAGUCGUGGCGAUGGAAGACUCGCCAGGAGCGGUCACUCUAUCUCCUGCAGGCGGCCGAUGAGCUUCAGAAGCACAGCCAUGAAUUGGCCGUCCUGUUGUGCCUUGAGAACGGGAAACCCGUCAAAGACGCGUCCUUUGAUGUUGGGUUUCUGGUGCAGGUGUUUCGGUACUUCGGAUCAAUUGUCGACAAGCUACCGUCGGAAUUCUUCGACCAGGGUAGCAUCUACUCCAGCGUGAUCUACGAGCCCCAUGGAGUGUGCGUGGGCAUCCUGCCGUUCAACUGGCCGCCGGUCCACGCCGGGGGCAAACUGGCGCCUUGUCUGGCGGCGGGCAACACCAUGGUGCUGAAGCCCGGCGAGCAGGCCCCGCUGACACUGAUGCGCAUCGUUGAGAUCUUGCAGUCCGUCUUCCCCGCCGACGUCGUCCAGGCAGUUCCGGGACUGGGUCCGGAGAUACCGCAGGCCCUGAUAAACCAUCCGCUUGUCAAGAUGGUCUCGUUGACAGGAUCCACGGCAUCGGGCUCCCAGGCUGCCCAAACGGCCGCGGUGACCCUGACCCCCACGGUGCUCGAGCUAGGCGGGAAGAAUGCCUUCGUGGUCUUUGAGGACGCCGACCUGGAGUUGGUCGUGCGCGACGCCAUCGAUGGCGCUUUCUUCAACAAGGGCGAAUCGUGCACCGCCGCAUCGCGGAUUCUGGUGCACAAAGAUCUUUACCCGACGCUUGUCAGUCGCCUGACGGCUGCCGUGAAGAAACUGCGAACGGGCGACGGCCUCGACGAGACGACACACAUCGGCCCGGUGGUCUCGCGGGAGCGCCAGCAGGAGGUCCUGUCGUACAUCGAGCAAGGCAAACGCGAGGGGGCGACUCUAGCUGCGCAAGGAGACCCGCCCACGGCGGGCCGUCUGUCGGGAGGGUUCUUCGUCCCUCCUACGCUGUUUACCGACGUGACAGCAGACAUGACCAUUGCACAGAGGGAGAUCUUUGGGCCCGUCGUUACCGUCGGUUCUUUUGAAACGGAGGAGGAAGCCGUGAAGACCGUCAACUCCUCCCAAUACGGACUUUUUGCAGGGGUAUACUCCAGCGACUUCACCCGCGCUAUGCGUGUGACUCGGAAAUUGGACGUGGGCGUUGUGUUGGUCAACAACUACUUCCGCGCCCUCUUGGGGACGCCAUUCGGAGGCGUCAAGGACAGUGGAUAUGGUAGGGAGCACUGGAUUGGUACCUUGAGGGAAUGGAGCCGGGUCAAAAACGUUCGCUUCCCCAGUGGACUGAGUCCUAUCCCAGCUUGGGGGGGCGCAGUCGAUGUAUGCAAGUUGUAG